AUGCUUGAUUCAUUACGCAUUGAGCUUCACAGUGAAACUGAAACCCCUCUUUUCCAUAUUCAAAGAAACCCUAAAAUGCUCUCAAAGUUCCGAAUCCUGAACCGCUUCACGCAUCGUCUGCAUCCAAGAAUCACCACCUUCAAUGGUUCGCAUCGCUUCAUUUACUGCAACCCACUUUGCACAUUGGUAAAGUCGCAAACAACCCCCGAAUCACCUGAACUUCCUGAUUGGGUCAAGUUCUCCGACGACCCAACCCCUCCAAAUGCAGACUCAGACGAUGACUUCGUUAUCCCUUCACUUGCCCAUUGGGUCGAUGCCCAUAUGCUUGGUGACAAGCCCAAACUCGUGAGGCAAACUUUCAAGGGAAACAAGCACUGUGAUGAUGUUGAAGAAAUCAGCACUGUUCUAAAGGAACGGCACUCUUCUCCCGAGGAAGUUGCUCAAUCACUUGACGGACGUGGUUUUCAGGUAUCGAACAGUUUGGUUGAGCAGAUUCUGAAGAGGUUCAACAAUGAUUGGAUCCCAGCUUUCGGGUUUUUCAAAUGGGCAAAAGCUCAAACAGGUUAUGAGCAUUCUCCUGAACUGUACAACUUGAUGGUUGACAUCUUGGGGAAAUCCAAGAAUUUUGAUCUUGUGUGGGAAUUGGUGGAGGAAAUGUCACAGCUUGAAGGGUAUUUGACGUUGCAUACAAUGGUUACGGUGAUGAGGAGGCUUGCAAAGACCCGCAAGUAUCAAGAUGCUGUAGAAGCAUUUCGCAGAAUGGGAAAGUUUGGUGUCAAGAAGGACACCGCAGCAUUGAAUGCGCUCAUGGACGCUUUAAUGAAAGGAAAUAGUGUUGAACUUGCCCACAAUGUUCUUUUGGAAUUCAAGAGUUGUGUUCAGUUGAAUUCUCAUUCUUUCAAUAUUUUGAUGCAUGGGUGGUGCAAAGUUAGAAACUUUGACCAGGCCCGGAAAGCAAUGGAGGACAUGAAGGAACAUGGGUUUGACCCAGAUGUUUUUUCAUAUAAUAAUUUCAUUGAAGCAUAUUGCCAUGACAAAGAUUUCCGCAAGGUGGAUCAAGUUUUGGAGGAGAUGAGGGGCAAUGGAUGUCCCCCCAAUGCUGUGACUUACACUAUUCUGAUGCUUGCUCUAGGGAAGGCAGGGCAGCUAAGUGAAGCUGUGGAGGUUUAUGACAAAAUGAAGAGUGAUGGUUGUGUACCUGACACUCCAUUUUAUAGUUCAAUGCUAUUCAUUCUUGGCAAAGCUGGUAGGCUAAAGGAUGCCUGCCAUGUGUUCGAGGAUAUGCCCAAGCAAGGGGUUGUGCGAGAUGCGAUGACAUACAAUACUAUGAUUUCUAUUGCUUGUGCACACUCACGGGAAGAGACUGCUCUUAGGUUGCUUAAGGAAAUGGAAGACGGUCCAUUCAAGCUGGAGCUUGAGACGUAUCAUCCAUUGCUCAAGAUGUGCUGCAAAAAGAAGAGAAUGAAGGUGCUCAAGUUUUUGUUGGAUCACAUGUUCAAAAACGAUUUAAGCCUUGAUUUGGGAACUUAUUCGCUUUUGGUACAUGGUCUGUGUAGAAGCGGAAAACUUGAGCAUGCUUGCUCAUUCUUUGAGGAAAUGGUCAUGCAGGGAUUCACUCCAAAUAACAGCACAAUCACGCUAUUGGUGGGAAAGCUCGAGUCCAAGAGCAUGUUAAAAGAGAAAGAGCAUGUUGAGAAAUUGAUGGCAAGCGUCUCACCGAAACAAAAUAUUUAGUGGUUUUGGUAUAGGAUAUUUCAGCAAAAUCUGCUAGUGAUUGGUCCCUCAUUUCAUCCCAUGCCAUGAAAGAAAAUAGAAAUUUCCUUAACUCUUUACAUGUAUCAGUCCGUUUCUUUCUAAAUAACCUGGAAUCUGCAAUAACAUUAAUUUUAUUUGUUCAUUUAACAGACUCGGUGUCCAUGCGUGAUUUGUGAAGACGAGUGUGUAGUUCUUAUUUUACACAAAUUGCAGUGAAUGCAAAAUUGUGAACAUUGAAAGUAGGCUGUUGAAUAUUCAGGUAAUAUUCAGGUCAAACCUGAGGAGCAUUACUUCUUAACAGGAAGAUGGUAGGU